AUGGCUGACCCAGCUAAAUUGAUGGAGGGGCACAUAAGCUAUCGCCUUCAGCGAUCGCAACACCUGGGAGAAGAGGAGCUAAAGCAGUAUGAAGACCUAUCAAGGCGGCUCGUCCUAAGCCAGGCGGAGAUCUUCUACCUUGAAAAGGCGCUAUACGAGCGGGAGAAAGACCUGCUGAUUGCUCAAGAGCGCAACCGGCAGCUAGAGGAGGGAAAUGCAAAGGUUCCUGACAAGGACAGUCACAGUCUGUCAAAGCAGGCUGCGCAGCUGACGGCAAUCGAGACAUCAGUGCAGAGUGCUCGGCAGGGCUUAGCCAAGUGGCAUCAGGAGAGCCAAGAAACUACACUGGCCCCUACCAAUACCGACGCUCUUGUUGCUGCGCCGAGUCCAAGCGGACAGAGUCCAGAGUCUGCAGCAGAACCAAAGGCUGAAACACCAAAACGGGGCCCAAUAGCAGAGGGUUCGCUUGCCACUAAAGUUCAGUUUGCAACGGUAGUUGACAACCUAGAAGCCUCGUUUGGCGCCUACUUCGCUGAAGUGGGGCAGCUCUUGGACACGUUGGCAAAGGACAGCAUAGCCAAAGAAAGGGGAAAUGAGCUGGUGGUCGGCAUUCCAGGGGGGCCAAAAGGCCUGGCGCAGGCUGGGGGGGCGGAAGACUUUGACCUCCAGGCACAGAUUGCAGAUCUACAGGCGCAAAUUGAUGUGCUCUCGGAGGGCACCGAGCGCAUGCAAGUGGAACUUGCGGCUGGGGCGGAGCAGCUUUUGCAUCUCGAAGAGGAAGUCGCUGAGAAGGAUGGGAACAUUGCGGCGCUCAGAGGAGAAGUGGACAACGUGGCAGGAGUCAAAGCUGACCUAGCGGCAGCAGAAGAGCACGCGCUUGCACUCCAAACGAAGCUAGCUCUGACUGCAAAUGAGUUCUUCCGAUCGGAGGCGGACGCUGCAUCGCAAUCUGCGGACCUUGGUUUGGCAGAGGGCCAAGUUGCGGCGCUCGCCCUAGAUCUUGCAAAAAGAGAUGAGCGUAUUGCGGGCCUGUUAGCAGAGCUGAAAACCCUCCGCGCCACUGCUGCGAAGAGUAACGACAGCGCUGAGGCGCUGAAAGCAGAGCUUGCCACGGCAAGGGAUGCUGAGGUGGCAGCGAGGGAUGCUGAGGUGGCGGCGAGAGAUGCUGAGGUGGCGGCGAGAGAUGCUGAGGUGGCGGCGGAGCGGGUGGCACGUGACUUUGAGCAGAUUGCGGCGGAGCUGGAGAUCGCGGCGCGCGCGGCGGAGCAGCGGUUUGCGGAGGUGGAGCGGACGUGCGCGCAGCAGGAGGGCCUCAUUUUGGCGAUGCAGGAGCAGCUCUUGGUAGCCGGAACUGGAUGCGGAAUGCCAGCUGGCGUUGCUCAGGCUGACGGUACGAUUGCGGCACAGGGGAAUGGAGGCCGAGGGGCAAAGGGUUUCGGUGAUGGAGCAAAUUCGGGGCCAGACAGGCAGGAGGAAGAGGUGAGGGGAAAUAGAGUGGUGGCGGAAGAAGGAGGUAGAUUGGCAGGCUCGCUUGCUGAGGAAGAGAAGUAUGCGAUUGGCAUUUUAGAGGGGGCGGCAGCGGACCGAGCGGGAUCGAAAGUGUUGGCUGAAGAUGGAGUUGCAGAGAAGAGCCAAGACGACAUUGCUGAGGCGCAAGGCGCACUCCCCGGCCAGGGAGCCUUGCAUGUGGCACGUGACGAGGAGGCUGAAGCGCGCACCGAGCGGGAGCUUCUGACGGCCCGUGACGCGGCGGAAGAACGUGCGGCGCUUCUGGAAGGAGAGAACGCGGCACUGUUGGCGAAGUUGGACAACCUGACGAGUGACAAAGACCGGCUGGUAGACGCGGUUGAGGAAGAGAGGGAGCGGUUUGCGGAUAAGAUGGAGACUCUGCAAGUCGAAGAAGAGCGUCUGAGAAGGUCUUUGGAAGGGGAAAGCGAGCGGUUGGGAGAGGAGGUGAGGCGGGUGUCGCUCGAGAACGAACGGCUGAGGGAUUCCAAUGACAGGGACACAGCGUGGUUUGAGAGCGAACUCGCGGAGACAAAGCUCGAGAAUGCGCGGCUGCAAGAGAAAAUUGCGCGUUGUGUGGCUGAGUUGGAAGGUUUGUCUGUCGAGAAGGAGGCGUUGCUGAAUAGUAUUGCGGAAGAAAGAGCGAAGUCUGCCGGCGAAAUUGAGGCUUUGCAGAAGAUAGUUGAAGAGGAGAGAGCGCGCUUCGUGGGCGAGACGGAGGUUCUUCUGUUUGGAGAGGAGCGGCUGAGGGCAGACCUCGAGGCAGAAAGGGCAACUUUUGCAGAGCAGGUAGACGGACUUGAGCUCGAAAAGGCCACUCUAUAUGCGGGGCUUGAGGAGCAAAAGCAGCGGUUUGACAGCGAAAUGGAGGGGCUCCUGUCAGAAAAUGAGCGCCUGAAAGAAGCGCUGGAGACUGUAGACGUGCAAAUGCAGGCGGCGUUGCACGAGUUGGAGCAAACCCAGGCGAAGGCGGGGCGGAACGAGAGCGCAAUGAGAGCGGAGCUCCAGCGGACGGAAGUGGAGGCACGCGUGGAGGAGCUAGAGCGCGCGUGCGAGCUCGCGCAGGCGGACGCGGAGAGGAUGGAAGCCGGAUGGCGGAAGGCCAGCAUUCGGGCGGGCGAACUGGAAGAGAGAGUUCUGGGGCUGAAGCGGUCUCUCUACGAGAAGGAGGCCCAGUUGAGGGAAGCUGUCCUUAUGACCGAGAAGCUGGCCGGUGCCGGGAAGAGCUUCUCGGGGGGUGUGGAAACGGAGAAGGUUGGGCCUGUUACGGCGACUGGUGUACCCCCCGGGAAAGGAGAGAGGAGCGCCAGCUCGAUGGGGAGCGGUUUGAGUCCCUUAGCGAUUGGGCUUAACUUGAGUGACGCCAUUCCCCAGGAUGGAUCACCAGCGGAUUCGCAACCUCCAACUUUUACUGGGAAUACCGGUUCCGGUUACAAAGGACAGGACUCUCCAGUAGAUGAGCCCGGGGCACGGGCCCUUCUGGAGGCGCUGGGCAUUGACAGCGCCCAGAGCUCCCCCAGUCUAGGUUCCACCCCCCCGGCCGCAGAGGGAUCCCCCAACUUCCACGAUUUGGUGAACGGGCAGCUGGGCUUCGUUUUGUCGGGGGGAGGCAACCGGCUGCUGUCGAGCGGGAAGCUCAUCCACAUGGACUCGUUGGAUGCGCCUGCGAGGAGCGCCGGGCGAGCAACCGGACACGUGGCGGCUUGGGAUUCGGCACUGUCCUCGGAGUUGGAGGCAAGGGCGCCCGGGGAAGUGGAGUUUGUUGGCCCGCUCGCGCAAGAAACCGGGGGAAAGGAUGAGGGCGACCAAGUUGAGAUAACGCUGAGCUCGGGAGGCGACAUACGCGACUUUGGGUCGCCGGUGUGGAGCGGCAGGCGUGUCUCUGGCUCAGUGGAAAAAGCUUCACCAAGUCCGCCGAGGACUCCCCUGCAAGCGACGACGGACACCUACCAAGCGGAAACGGACACGACUUUCAGCCCACCGGACGCGUCUGCACUAACAACAAAACCCGACGAAAUCGACUUUGAGGAUCCGGAUACAGACACAGAGCGUUCAGAGGUUGCUGACGUGGCAACUGAAAGCCCGCAGACGUUGGAGAAGGACGUCAUCACCAGCGAAAGCAGCGGCACAGAGGUCGGGCUCGCGUCAGCAUCGGGCGCUAAAGCGAAGCGCAACCUUGUAGAGCAGUUUGACAGCGCGCUGGCGAAACGGGAAGGCCCGGUCCUGGAGAUGGAGAAGGACGCGGCCCUGGCGGCCGCGGCCGCCCUGAACGUCGCGCUCGCCGCGCGCGUCUCCGAGCUGGAGGAGCAGCUGGGGGCUAAAAUCCGCGGCUUAAACCCCGGGUCCGAGAUUCUGAUCUCCGCUGAAAAGGCAGAGGUUCAAAAUGACACCCGGGGCCUCUCUGGGCUUUCGGAUGUGGGCCGGGUCUGGGUCGAAACACCCAUUUCGCGUUCGCACUCCCGUUCUUGUUCCGGCGGCGGUUCCGUUUCCGCCUCCAGGGUCUCAACCCCCGGGCGCGCGCGCGAGCUGGAGGCGCUGCGCGACGAACUGCAGCGGCUGCAGGAGAAAGUCGCGGAGAGCGAGGCGCUGGCAGACGAGGUCGAGCGCGCGCACAGGGAGGGCGUUCUGCGCGCGGAGUGCCACGUGGCGGAGCACGAGGGCUUUGAGGCGCUGCAGGCGGAGGUGACGCUUCUGAGGAGCGAGGCCGCGCGUUCGCGCGAGCGCGAAGAGGAGCGCGAGCGCCCGAUGACUUCGGACGUCGUGGAGCAGACCGACACGCGGCCGCGAGACGCCGACCCCGGGGUUCAGGGUUUGGAGGAGAAGGUCAAGGAGCUGGAGCGCGUGGUGCGCGGUGCGCGCGAGGAGAACGCGCGGCUGGCUGCCACGUGGCAGGGCGGGGCGGACGUGGGGCUCGAAGCUUUGGAGGAUGAGCUGGCGCUGCUGCGGGGAACUAGAGCGGAGAACGAGGAGCUUAAGGGAGUAAUAAGGGACCUGGAGGGGGAGCUUAGGGAUGCAAACCAGCAGGAAGCUCGGGACGCCGCGGCUGAGGAAAAGCUUCGUGAUCCGCCACGAGAAGCAGAAGAGCUCAUCAAGAACGUCGACGGCAUCGGUGCACAGGCAACGCUUAUCCCAGCGGAACCGAAAUACGAUCAGUCACUUCCUCCAUGUACCGACGCUGCUGUAAUGGAAAGUCUUCCUGUCUCGAACCCCGAAGACCUCGGCCCCGUUCCGUCAAUAGCAGCUGCUCUGCCGGGGUCGACGGUUCCGGCGGAUUCCGGUGCCAUUACCCGGCUCCAAGUAGAGGUCAGAACUCUGCGAGCGCAGCUCGAGGCGUCCCUGGUCGCACUCCAGUUGUCGCAGGCCGCGUCGGCGCAGCUGGCCGCGGAAGUUCAGGGUUUGCAGGGUUUGGCCGCCGGGCGCUUCUCCCUGGAGCUCGAGGUCGCGGAGCUGCGCGCGCAGCUCGCGGAGGAGCGCGGCGCGCGCGGCGCACUUCAGGACGAGCUCGCGUUUGCGCGCGCACAGCUCGAGGAGCUGAAGAACGAGACAGAGCGGCUGGCCACUGCCGCUGUUGCGCGGCCAGACUUUGAGACGGUGGGGGUCCAAAACCCUCUGUAUGAAAGCCCAAGGGACGGAGGGUUUAGCGGGGGUUUCGGGGAGGGCCGGCCGCGCUUCGACUCGGCGGUCAUCCGCUCGGAGGCUUCCAGCGUCGCGGAAGCUCUGGCGCGCGAUGCGGACGUCCUGGGGCGCGUUUCAAACCCUCUGGCGCGCACUUCGGACGCUUCCGCGAGUGGUUCGGUCGCUCUGCCGCGUCUUCCGGACGUCCUGGCACGCGGUCCGGACGCUUCCGCUGAACCUGCGGAUGCUUUGGCGCACGGUUCGGACGCCUUGGCGCACGAUGCGGACGCCGGCGUGGCUCGCAGCCUGUCCAAAUCUUCGCUCGUGCGGACGUCCGAAGACGCGGAGGGGUGGCUCGUGGGCGAGGGCGGCCAGCCGCCGUCGGAGCGCAUCAGCGAGUGCUUCACCGUGCAAUAUGAACCGGUCGAAGAUUCGCUCUUUCUGCCAAGCGGAAAUGGGCAGCUUGUGACCGAGGAAGGACCCCGGCCGGUUGAUCUGGCGACCGGCGGUGCCGAUGAACUGCCCGAAAGGGCAUUGGAAGGUCGCCGGAAGUCGCUCUCGGUGAGUAUGCCAACAGCCCAGGAAUGGGCCUUCGGGGCGACUCCCCGGUUGAACCCGCUGUUCGGGAUUGAGGGCGAGUUAUUCAGUCCGCUGGAGUUGCCCAAGCGUUCGCAGUCGAUGACAGACGCGGUGUAUUUACACCAAGCCAACAAGAGGGCAGAGCCCGAGUGUGAAUCAGCCCGGUUACGCGAACUAGAGAGGUUGUGCUUUUCCCGAGGGGAAGAGGUGGCCGCGCUGAGGGCCCUUCUGGAAGAAAGCCAGCAGGGGGCGCACGAGGGUGCGGAGCUGCGAGCGGAAACGGAACGAAUGGCAGCGGAAGCGGAACGGAUGGCGGCGGAACUGGCUCGGCUGGAGGCGCUUCUGCAGCGGAAGGAGGAGCAGCUAGUGGCCACGUCAGUGAAGCUGGAGGAUGCUUUUCUAAGAAAGGCAACCGGGGCAGAAGAAACCGGGAGCGGUCCGGCGGAAGCAGAGCUGCACAGCGGAAGGGGAAUGGUCGGGGAAGAGGAACCGGUUGAUAGAAAGUCAGACGCUGAAGAGCAACAGCAAACAGAGGAAACGCAAGCAGAGGACGCAAACCAGGAACAGCUGUCGCGUGCUGCGUCUCUGGAGGUCGACUUUCUGGUGGCAGACUUUGUGGGAGGGGGCCGAAGCGAGGAGGGAACUUUCCCGGUGAACAUUGAGACUUCUUCCCCGGAGGACCAGACCGUCACAGGACAGGCGGCCGACCCUAACGAGAUCGUGGAGAACGGAGUGUACCUUGUGAAGUGGAGCGUGGGAGAAGCUCCCGACGCCCCAAUUUCGGACUAUGUCGAGAGCUCUCCUCCGCAGGAUAAAAGCAUUGCUGGGGAGACGGGCACUUCUGACGGGGCGGAGGAAAACAGCGUCUACCACGUGAAGUGGAGUGUUGGAGAGUGCCCAGACGCCCUGAACAGUGUGGUUCCGUCCGUGGAAGCGGAGGCGGAAGCGGAAGCGGAAGCGGAAAGCGGAAGCUUGGCAGCAGAAAGGCUAGAGACUGGCAGGAUAGAGUUGGUGGCAGACGGUGAGGAUCUCACGACGCCAACUCCGGCGAGGAGAAAUGCGGAAGGCGACAAAUCGGCAGCGGAACAGGGCCCGACCGGAACGGAAAGUUUGCUGCUGCGGAUUGAUCAGCUAGAGCGAGAGAGAGACGCGGCACUGCGGCGCGCGCGUGAACUGGAGGCGGAGGGGCUGGUGGAUCAAGUUGACCUGCGGGUUAAGGGAAUUGUUCUGCCAGAGGCGGCUGGGUUAGUGGUCAGACUGAGAGAAGCUAAGGCUCAGAAAAGAGAGGCUAAUGGAGAAGUCGCUGCAAGAAGCGGCGUGCAAGUAGAUGGGAAGGAGGAGUCGGAGCCACGCGGGGACGCGCAAAUCGACGGUAAAGUGCGCGAGCGGCGCGCGAGUGCUUUGGAGGAGGAGGGAAGACAGGUGGCGCUGUGGCAGGCCGCCGGGAAGCUGCGGUGCCUGAAGGAACAGAAUGAGGAGCUGCUGCGGACGCGGCCCUUCCAGGUUGGGCGCCUUUCGGACGCCCGCGGACGGAGCGCCAGUGAGCGGAUCUCGGACGCCAGCGGAUGGAAUGCGGACGCCGUAGACCGGAGGACGGACGCCGUUGGACUCCUUUCGAACGCCGUUGAGGAAGUGUCGAAGGCAGAAGAGAUCUUAGCGGUGGAGAAGGGUUUGAUGUUCACGGCAACGACCAGAAAAGAAGACUUGAACGAGGAGGGAGAGCUUGGUCAGGAGCUAGACCAUGUGCGGACGGAGAGCAAUGGUGAACUCAACAGAAACGUCUCGGAAGAGGGGGGAGGAAAAGGUGCCACUGCGGUUGAGAUUGAGAGACUCGCAGAGGUGGAGGAACUGCGGAAGCAAGAGCAGUUGGACGGAGAGAUUCGGGUAGCACAACAGGCGAGGGCUGCUCUAGCGAAGACGUCGGCAGACGGGGGCGCGGCAGUGGAGCACGCCGGCGUCAACGAGGCUAACGUGCUGGAGAGACUCGAGAUCCUGCGGGCAGCGUCAACGCGAAAGGAGGAGACGCUUUCGGCGUUGCGUGAGGAGUUGGCGGGAGUCAAGAGUUUCGUCGCGGAGACUUUGCUUGCUAAGGAAGGCUCAAUGGCAGAGGGAGAGGCAGGGGCGCCCCAUUUGGAGCAGCUUUUGGCGGCUUACCAGAUGAUGGUAAUGGAUGACUACAGUCUUGACGUGGCUCUGGGGGCUGCGAGAGAUGAGCUGCUGGCAGCUAGGGACGCGCUCGCUGAGAGCUUCGCAGGCGAGUGCGAAACGGGCGCCCAGAGAUUGGGGUCCGAAAGUGCGCCGGGCGUGUCCGAGACCGCGCGGGAUUUGACCGGGCAGCUGGAGGCCCUGGUCGCGGAGUGCGCGAGGAAGAGGGGGCAGCUGCGCGCGAUCCGGGAAGACUUGGCAGAUCUGGGCUCUGGAAGGAAAUCGCCUUUGCAUACAAUGAAGGAAGACGAGACCACGCCUGCACUAGACUCGGAGGAAGUUGCGAGGCUCUCGUCAGACGUCGAGGAAAAACGUCAGCAGCACGAGCUUCUCGAGGGAGCGUUGAUGGACGCCACCGAAGCACUAACCCAGGCAAGGACCGCGCUUGCCGACGGGUUUGCCGCGGCCGGCAUCGGCGGAGGUUUGGGGGUUUUGGACGGCGAGAUUGAAACCCUGGCGACGCAGUUGGCGGAGGUGACACAAGCUUGUGAACGGAAGGAACGGAAGAUCGUGUCGAUCCACCGGGAGCUGGAAGAAGUCCAGGCGUUGAGCGAGGGAGUGGCCGAGGAUUCCGUCCGGGGACCGGAGUCUGGAGCAGCGAACGGAAGCGGAACGGAAUGGGAGCGGCUCUCGGCGGCUGUCGAGCAGAAGGAACUAGAGGCGGGAAAUCUGGACGGAAGGCUCGGAGCAGCCCAGGAGGAGCUGUUGAGCGCGCGCGCGGUGCUCGCGGCGAGAUUUGAGUGCCACGUGGAAGCGGGAGGGACGCGGGAUGAGGCCGAGGGUUUGGCCGGUCGGUCGGCCGCGGCUGCGCUCGAGUGCGCGCGGAAGAGGGGGAUGCUGCGCGCGCUGCGGGAGGAGCUAGCUGACAUCACGCUGGCGUCGAUGCCAGUGGCGCCUGAUGAGAGGGAGGAACGGAAAAGUGCUUCUGCUGGAGAGAUCGAACGGCUGUCAGAGCUUUGCGAGACAAGGGAACGGGAGGAGAACGAGUUGGAGGUGCAGUUGGUCACUGUAAGAGAGCAGCUGUCACACGCAAAAGAAGCAUGUACCGAAAAGCAACGCGAGAGAAUGCGUGAAAUCCAGUCGGAGGGAGAAAGAGAAUCAGAUAAAGGUGUGGAUGCGGGAGACGACGAGCUGAUGCCAAUUCGGUUGGAGGAGCGCUCGGUAGAGUGUGCCCGGAAGGCCGGCCAGCUACGGGCGCUUCGAGAGGAACUAGAAGAAGCGAGAAAAGCAGACGCGGGUACGGCCAGUGAAGUGUCGGUGAGAUUCGCCGGGGAUGAUGACGGGCGACACUUUAUCCCUGCGGAGGAGUUCGAAGCGCUGUCCGCCGGUUUCCACAACAAGGUGCGAGAAGAGAGUGAGCUUGACAAACGAAUAAUGGUUGCGAGGGAGGAGCUUCUGGCGGCGAGAAGCGCCAUGGCGGAUGGAUUUGCCAUGCGGGCUGAAGGUGAGAUACCGGGGGAGAAAGGGGUGUCGGUGGAAGAGUUUGGGGAGCUUUCCGCGCGGUUGGAAGUCCGGUCGGCGGAAUGUGCCAGGAAAGGGGAGAAGCUCCGGUCUCUGCGAACGGAAUUGGAAGAGGUUACGGAAGAAGUCGGUAAUUCGUGCAGAGACUCUUUGGAAGAGACCUCUGGCGGAGAAAGUGGUCGGAGCUCUGUAAACCGGGCGGAAUACGAGAGCAAUUCUGCCGCCCUCGAGCAGAAGACCGCGGAGGCGAAUGCGCUCGAUUCGAAAUUGGAAGCCGUGAGAGGAGAGUUGGUGAGGGCGAGACAGACUCUGGCAGACGCGUUUGCGCACGAAGCGGAAGGUGAGUGCCCGGUAGAAGGGCGAAGGGUGUCGGGGCAAGCGUUUGAAGAGGUCUCCGCGCGACUGGAGGCCCGGUCGGUGGAGUGCGCCGGGAAGGAGGAGAAGCUCCGGACGCUGGAGGCGGAGCUGGCGGACGUCCGGGGCUUGGUUUUGGCCGCUUCUUUCGGACAACCGGUGGGGGAAGAACUAGAGCCUUUGGGAGGUACGAUUGAGAGCGAUGCGGUCGUAGGACCUAGUGAAGAGAACGAGGAAGAGCAGGAGGGUCGCAAGAAGAGGAUAGUUGCCGCACAAACGGAGACAGAGGAGCUGUCGGCGGUUGUCUGUGAGCCUUUUGCAAGCAGCGUGGAGGAGGGACUUACGACGGCGAGUUCAGACGGGGAUGGGGAGGGGAAACGGAACCCGAGCGAAAGUGAAGCAACUAGAGCGGGAGUUUUGGACAAGAGUGACGAUCUGAUCGACCCGGCGGUGCUCAGCCCUACGUCAGGCAAGGCCCUCGCACUUCGGGCGCUGACAACAACCGGGGACUCAAGCGGACCGGAAGACGAGAACGCUGACGUGUUGUCUGACGUCAGCAGACUCUUCAACGUGUCUGAAGAGGCUGACGGACUCAAAGCCGUCCCAGCCGACUCUCAUAACGGGCUCCAGUCAGAGACCCACGUCGAUGGGCCUUGUUCGGGCGAAGCUUGCCCUGGGAAUGGUAGCCAGUCGCCCCGGGCGGAUGCCGAGAUCCGGUGGGACGAGGCCUCUACUGCGGAAGCCUAUCGGGAGAAAGCGGCCGAGUGCUCGGGGUAUCAGGAGGAGCUGCGCGCAGUGAAAGAGGAGCUGCAGGCCACGCGAAAGUCGCUCACGCAGUUCUACGAAGAGAUCCAGAUAUUUACCGGGGGGGAAAUUGAAGGGGUUGUCGGGGGAGCGGGGGUGGAGGCGGUGAGGAAAGCGGUGAGGCGGGCGAGUGUGAAUGCGCUCAGGAUGGCGGAGGCGGCCAGGCUGCAGGGCUUGGAGAAGCAGACAUCCGCGGACAGUCAGAAGGAAGCCGUCCGGAGGAGCAGCUACAUCGAAACCCGCCUUCCUGUGGACGCAGAGAAGGUUCCGGUCCCGUUCCCGGUUCCGGCUCCGUCUGACCAAGCAAUAUCGGAGAACAACAGCGACGAGCUGUUGCGUUCUGCCAUCCUGACCGGGGCCAGCGAAGCGGUUGGGUCUUCGAAGAACGACCUGGCAGCGACGGAAAAACAAGCGGCACAUUACACGCGAGUGGGUCUCGAGGAAGAAAUGCAAGAUCUGCAAGGAAAACACGAGGCCGCUGUUGAAGAACUUGAGGCGGCCCUUGGCUCCUUGCAAGCGGAGAGAGCAGCGCUAAAAGAUUUGGAGUUUGACAGGACAGCAGACGCAUUGGUCUAUUCUGCGAUACUGGCGGGAGCGGAGGAGACCGUCCGGGUGCUGAAAGGAGACGUCAGGAAGGCCGAGUCGCGAGCUGCUGAGUACGAGCAGAAGAGCGACUCUGCGCUCGCCGAGCUGACUGCACUCCAAGAAGCGCUCGCCGCUUACACAGGUGCUUCUUCACCUAACGAGCACCAAAACCCUCUCGAAGGUUCGAAAGAGGCUGUGAGCGCGGAAGUGGCACAGCGCGACAUGACGCAGCUGGUGACGUCAGCCAGGGAGGAGCUGCGGCAGACGGCGCACAAGCUCGCGGCCGCGCGCGUCGAGCUGACGACCGCAGACGCGCAUUUGGCGCUCCUGCGAGCCGCUAGAGACGGAGACUUGCCCGGGGAAACCAACCUGGAGGAGAUUUCGGCGACCUUCAAGCGGGCCUUGUUUUCAAUUGAGUCGCCGUCACCGGUGGAAGAGCCUGCCAAGGUCGAAAAGACGGGGUUGGAGAACCCUGAUUUUGCAACUGGAAAACGGUUAGAGGAGGUGGUUUCCACUAACCCGAGAGGGACGCGAGCCGACGAAGAAGGGGUUGUCUUUUCGGGACUUGUAAAUGAAGCGAGGGAAGAGCUCGGGAAGUUGCACCGGGAGGUGGAAGAAACAAAAAGAGAGCUCUUCGUGACACGUGGCAAGCUGCGGGCUACGAACGAGGCGCUGAGCGAGUCUCGGGGGGCUGUUCAAAUUAACCGGGCGGAAACGGUCGCCAAUAUUGAAGUAGAGUCGGCGCACGGCAGGCUGGAGAAGGCAACCGGGGAGCUGAUUCUCCUCCAGGGAGAGGUAGAAAGGACGCGGGGAGAGGCAAGGAAUAACAACCAGGUUCUGGCGCUAACACGUGGCAAGCUGCGGGCUACAAACGAGGCGCUGAGCGAGUCCCGGGGAGCUCUUCGGGAUAAUCGGGCAGAAAUGGCCUCCAGUGUUGAGGAACUAGAGUCGGCGCACGGAAGGCAGGAAAGAGCAACCGGGGAGCUGAUUUUCCUCCAGGAAGCGCUUGAAAGGACUCGGGGGGAGGUAAAAGCUGGCGAAGAGGAUCUGACGCUGACACGUGGCAAGCUGCGCGCUACAAACGAGACGCUGAGCGAGUCUCAGGGAGGUCUUCAGAGGAACCGGGCGGCUACGGUUGCCAGUGUUGAGGAACUAGAGUUGGCGCACCGCAGGCUGGAGAAAGCGACCUGGGAGCUCAUUCUCCUGAAAGCGAAGGGGGAGUUAAGUAUCCUCCGGGAAGAGCUAGAAAUGACUCGGGGAGAUGUAACGGCUAGCAACGAGGGUCUGGCGCUGACACGUGGCAAGUUGCGGGCUACAAACGAGGCGCUGAGAGAGUCCCUGGUGGCUCUGGAGAGGAACCGGGAGGAUACGGUUGCCAGUGUUGAGGAACUAGAGUCGGCCCAAGGGAGGCUUGACAGAGAAACCGGGGAAUUGAGUAGCCUCCGGGAAGCGCUCGAAAGGACGCGGGGAGAGGUAAGGGAUAGCAACCAGGAUCUGGCGCUGACACGUGGCAAGCUGCGAGCGACAAACGAGGCGCUGAGCGAGGGCCGGGGGGCACUUCAGAGUAACCGGGCGGAUACGAUUGCCAGCGUUGAAGAACUAGAGUCGGCGCACGGGAAGCUGGAGAAAGCUACCGGGGAGUUAAAAUUCCUCCAAGAGGCGCUGGAAAGGACUCGGGAGGAGGUAACCUCUAGUAACGAGGAUCUGACGUUGGCACGCGGCAGGCUGGAUGAAGCGAACGGGGAAGUGGGCGAUGCCCGCGGGAAGAUUGAGAGUGCCCGGGAGGAGCUGCGAGUUGCACUGAGAGAGCUGGAGAUCGUGAAAGGGAGGAACACAGGCGUUGAGGAGGAGGACCUUUCGGAAACUGGAGAGGGCGGACCGGAAGUUCGGGAGGAGGAAGCUGGUUAUGAGGAGGAAACGGUUGAAAUGCAGAUCGAGUCUGCGAGUGUGAAUGCCCUCAGAGAAGAAGUGGUUACGCUCCACGAGUUACAGGCCGCGACCGCUGCGAGCCUCCAGUCCGCUGUCCUCAAUCUCAAGUCGGAGCAAGAAGCUCGCAGAAGCUUGGAGACCGACAAAGCGGUCGACAACUUCGUUCAUUCCGCAAUCAUGGCCGGAGCGGAAGAGGUCCUGGCGGAAGUCAAGGAGGACCUGCAGAUGGCGGAGGGGAUGGCCGCUGCGCUUCAAGACGACUUGGAGUACCUGCAAGCGGAGCUGGGCGCUGCGAGCGACUCUCUGAUCGACAGCGAGGGGCCGCAACAGGAUGAGGGCCUAAUAGACACUGCUCAACCGCCAGCCGUGCAGAUUGCAAGCCGCAAUGCCGCGGAUGCACCCGCGAGUAUCUCAGAAGAGGCAAGCGCAGAUCCGGAAACGCACGACGAGCAACUCGAGAUAGCGCGGCUGCGCGAGGAGCGCGCGACGGCCGCGCAGGCGAUCGCGGGCCUGCGCCUUGAAGUGCGCGCGCUCCAGGAGGAGCUCGCGCAGAAAGAAUUGGCGGCGCCGGAGAACGCGGCGCUCGGAGGAGCGGUCGCUCCUCUGGAAGAAACGCUCAGCGCUGGGGAGGAAAGUGAGAAGCCCGGAGUUCCGGUGGAGGGGCAGCAGGCGGAACGAACGGAAAAGGCUGGAUGCUCGAGGAAGGGGGGAGUGGAAGAAGCUGAAGCCUCUGAGGCAAAUGUAGGGGGAGAAGUGAGUAGGGGGAACAGGGAGGAAGACGGGAAGAACAAAGAGACGGAAAGGCGGGAAGCUUCGAAAAAAGUAGCGGAGUCGAGCGCAGAACCGGAUUUGGCUGAUGGAGCCCAAGUUGGACUUGCGGUUGUGGGAGCAGCGGGUGGAUUGGAAGAAGAUAGAGCCAAGGAGGAGACUCCAAUUUUGGAGGAGAAUAGACAACUGCGGGCCAAUAUUGCGCGGCUGGAGGACAGACUGAGGGCGGUGGAAAGCGUGGACAAGGCUGAGGCUCCGCCGGAGCUUCGGUUGGAAGACCGGAGCAAGUCAAUGGAGGAACGCCAGAACGCCCUGCCAGAGCCCACUGAAGACGUAAGCCCCGGUCAGUUUAGCUUAAGCUCCAAGGAGGAAGGUUCUACUUUGCACGAAAGCCUGGGUGAUAAAUCGGAACCGCGCUUAAGCAGCUUCAUGACCCCCCAAGGGCCCGGGAAGCAGCAUCUCGAAGAGACCGGGGGAAGUGAAAGCGCCGCGUGGGGUGACGCGCCUUCCGUGCGGUCUGCUGACGUCACGCUGACUUCGCAAGAGAGCGGAGUCGACGCGUUCGGCAUGAGCGGUCUCCUGGGAUCGACUCUGUCGAGUUACUCCGGCAGCGAGCCCGCGACGCGGACGAACAGCCUGGGCGCGUUUGAGUUUGGCGGGUUGGGCGUGCGCGCUCGCGAGCUUCCGUCCGUCUCGGAGACUCCCUUGGAGCUCGGAGGGCGGAAAGCGAGCACUGAACAGAACAGUGUGGUUGCUCUUUCUGAAUCGGAGGCUGAGGCAGAACUUGGGCAGCGAAAUGCAAACGGUGAGACCACGACCCUGUUUGGAGCGGUGGUCGGAGAGGCGAAGGCGAUUCCGCUGAUGGAGGCACUCCGGAAUCCGGCGGCCGAAGCGGUGACGGUGUGCAGCGUGAGCUGUCAAAUGGAGGGCUUCUUCGAGCCCACAAAGCCGGGUUCCGCCGGAACUGCAGCGGGCGGACCCACAAUUCUUUGGGCGCAAGACGCUGCUUGUCAGGCAUCGAUUCCGUCGGAGGACGUCAGCGUAAAGAAAGGCUCCAAGCCGAAGGAGCUUCCGGUGUGGGCCUGGAAUCCGGUGGCAAUUCCGCCCAGUCCCUCGGGUACACCGGAACGGACGCCCCAAGGCUCCUUUGACCUCCCGAUACGAGUGAACCGGGUCGAAAGUAUGCUGCGAGGGUCUGGGAACGGAAACGGGACCGGAACCGGAACCGGAGAGGAUGCGGAAGCGGAACAAAGGGCACUGAGCAAAAGCGAAGACGUCGCCCGGGAGCGAAGAACCGGGAGCCCUGAUUCGGCAACUAAGGAGUCCGAGUUCCCCGGGUUUGUACCGCAGACACCUCCGGUCCUUGCUGCCGCAGCAGAGAAAGCUUUAGCAGGGAACAUGGUUGGGGCUUCAGACCAUUUUACAGCAGACCUAGCCCAAAAGGACUCGACAAGCCGUGUGCUCCAAAGUACGUCGAGAGAAGAAACUCGAUCGGAGGCCGUUUCCUUCGACCUCCCCGUGCGAGUCGGCCGGCUGGAAAGCCUUCUGGGCGACCAAAGGCAGGAAGCUCCUGGGGGCCGGUCGCCCAGCGGCUCCUUUGACUUGCCGGUCAGAGUGAGCCGACUGGAAAGUAUGCUGGCGGGAUUCUCACCGAGCGUCCAAAGGGCGGGGACUGUGUCCGAGUCGGUGGCACCAGCGAACGAAAGUGGAUCCGGCAGAGCGGGUGAUGGCUCGGGGGAAUCAACCGGGGAGUCGGGUCAGGAUAAGAAGGGGGGAGAAAAGUUCUCGGGGGAGACUGCCCGGCUCGAAGCGUAUCGGCGGGCUCUCGUAGAGCUGCCCGCUGUGAUGUUUGAGGCGGCGCUCUUCAAGCGCCACCUGGCAGAGCUUCGGCGCAAGCAUGACGUCACGGAAACGCCGCGGAGCGAAAGCUCACAGAACACUAGCGGAGACCCGGAAAAAGACGCGCCGGAAAGUGUCGAAGCGUCACAUAGAGGGGCGGUAAAACACUCUGUGCAAGCGGAACGAAAAGAGAGGGUGGGGUCGGAGAGCGAACGAGCAGUGAGUGAUUUGGUACUGUCGUCGAUUGUGGGAGGCGCGCGGGAGACCGUCGCAGAGUUGCAAGCAGAGCUUGCGGAAGCGGAGGCUAGAGCGGCGGCCAAUCUGUCCGAAGCACGGGAGAUGAACAUCCGGCUCAAGGUGGAGCUGGCUUCUAACGAGGACCGCGCCGCCGCCGCGGAGAGACAGCUGGCAGCCGCUUGGAGCGAACACGCUUACGUCAGCGCGGAGCUCGAAAACGCGCGGUCCGCGCACGCUGACGUCAGCGCCCAGCUGGCGGCCUUGACUGAGGAAGGCGCCGCCCGCCGCACCACGCUGGCAGCCAGUAAGAAGGCUCAUGCUGACGUCACCGCUGAGCUGGCGGCGUCCCUGACGGCCCAGGCUGACUUCAGGGCAAGAUUGGAAGAAGCCCAGAAGGAACAUGCUGACGUUAGAGCCGCACUGGUGGCAAGCCAGGAAGCCCAUGCGGACGUCAGCGCAGAGCUGAUGGCGUCGCAGAGGGCGCAUGGUGACGUCAGCCUAGAGCUGGCGGCAGAGCAAAGGGCGCGCUCUGAGGCGAUGCACGAGUUGGAGGAGACUCAGAAAGCCCACGCUGACGUCAUCUCGGAGCUGGAGGCGGUCCAGAGGACGCGUGCCGACGUCAUCGAACAGCUGGAGACGGCCCAAAAGGCGCAUGCUGACGUUCGAGCGGAGCUAGAGGCGGCUCAUAACGGCCACUCUGACGUCAGCUCCGAGCUGGAAGCGGCUAAGAAGGCGCAUACUGACCUAAGCACCGAAGUGACGGCCGCUGAAAGGGCCCGGGAUGAGGCGGAGGCGCGGCUGGCGGGCGCUCUAACGGAAACGGAAGACCUCAGGCAAGCGGCAGCGGAAACGGAACGCGAGCUGUCGAGUGCGCGGGAAGAGACGGCAAGGCUCGAGAGCGAUCUGGCGGCCGCGGGCCUGAGGAUCGAGCAGAUGGGCGAUGCGGCCGCGGCGGCGGGAGAGAGGUUUGGCGAGGUUUUGGCGGCGCUGGAGAGAGACUUGGCAGCCGCGAGUUUGAGGGUCGCGGAGAUGGGCGACGCGGCCGCGGCCGCGGGGGAGAGGUUUAGGGAGGUUUCGGCAACGCUCGAAGUGGCGGAAAACAGAGUGGCGGACUUGGAGAGCGCCGAGGAGGGUAGGGGGCGGGAGUUAGAAUCAGUGCAGCGGCGGCUGGAGGAGGAAGUGGCGGCCGGGGCUGAUUCUAAUAGAGUGCUGGAGGAAGAGACGGUACGGUUGAAGGGAGAGAUCGUAGGAACACAGAAAAGAUGUGUGGAUGCUGAGAGGGAGGUCGAAGAAGGCAGAGCACGAAUCUUGGUUUCCCAAGCGGAGCUGGAAAGCGCGAGAUCAGAGAUUGAGGCGCUGAAAGAGACCUUGGAAACGAACGAGAGGUUCUCGAGGGGAAAGAAAGAGGGGAUGGCUGGAGCGAGAGCGAAGCUUCUGAGCGGGUUGGUAAGCUUAUCGAGCGGUAAACACGGGUUAGCUUCAGAGUUACGGUUGUUUACGGAGAUGAUGGGGGCGGACAUCACCCUGGCGCUGUCGACGGUUUCGGAGAUCAAGGCGCGGCAAUUGAAUGAGAAAGAGACUCUGGGUGGCAAUCUGAAGGCGGCGAAGAGAGAGACGGAAGAGCUGGUUUCUACAUUGGAGAGGGUGGAGAAUGAAUUGGAAAGGGUACGAAGAGAAGCGGAGUUAAAAGGGGAAGAGAAUGAGCAGUUGGUACGGAUGUUGUACCUGGCAGGAAGAGACACGGAGACGGCGGCAGAGGUGACCGGGCGGGGUGUCAAGGAUGGAGAAGCUCCGGCGGAACUUUCGAGCGAGACUGUAACGGAACGGAAGGACACGGAGGAGAACGGUACCGAGACAGACGAGACGGAGUCCGGAGAGACGGGGCGAGAAAGUCGAGAUUCAGGGGAGAGCGCUACGGCUGUCGGGAAAACGGCGUCAGGUGGAGGGGUCUCCAUCGCUGGGACUCACAUUCAGGAACUGAAUGUGGGACCGGAAAAUGAAUCAGCGCACGAUAGUUCAGAAUUGGACGGCGACCAGAAAGCGGAAGUUCUGCUAACCGAACCGGCAGAUGGGCUAUCCCGGUCGCCGCUGGGAUCCUUCGACCUCCCCGUGCGAGUCAGUCGGCUGGAAUCUAUCCUGCUCGGCGACCAGGAGCAGCAUUUCACUGCGGACCGGUCGCCCAGCAACUCCUUUGACUUGCCCGUCCGAGUGACCCAACGGAAGAGCAUCAAAGACACCCCGCCUUCCGGCGACCAAACCCCUGAGGAGUCCACCGAGCGGUCGCCUUCCGGAUCGUUCGACCUACCGGUGCGCGUAACUAGGCUGGAGAGCAUGAUCUCUUCCAACGGGUCUGCCGGGAUAUCUUCCGACGCCUUUGAACUCCCGGAACGAGUGGCCCGCCUGGAAAGCAUGCUCGGCGCCCUCUCUUUGAACCAACCGGGGGAAGUAACCGAGGGGUUGACGCAGACUGGAGAAAGUCGAGAGAGUGGGCCCGGUUUAGGCGUAACCGGGCAGUCAACCCAGUCACAAGAACAGCAGAAGACGUGCCCGGUGGAAAGUCCCGAGCUGGAAGCGUACGGAGCGGCAUUAGCAGAGCUCCCCGCGCUGAUGUUUGAAGUGGCCCUUUGCAAGCGCCAGCUGGCAAACCUCCGGCAGGAUGACGUCAGGCCGACGUUUACUAAGUCGACUCAGCCCGAAAGCAUGGAAGGGGAGGCAGAGACGGAAGGCGUGGGCGGAUCCCAGAGCGGUUUGAACAGGACCGACGGUGGUUACUCUGGAAACAGAGUCGACGAUCUGGUUCAUUCCGCCAUCGUGGCAGGAGCGGAAGAGCUUGUGACGGAACUGAAAGCGGGACUGGAGGCUGCAGAAGGCAGAGCGACCGCUCUCCAACGCGAGCUGGACACUUUGCGAGCCGGACGUAUUUCUGCCGACGUCAUUCCGCCGCCGGAGCUUGGACAGCGCGGAAUCGUCAUUCCGCCGAAGCUUGGAGAGCAUGGAAUCGUCCAGAACCUGAGCGCGAGCGGGCACGUACCACUUGCGGGGACAGAAACAAGUGACGAGGUUGAAUCCAUGCUGGAAGCGAGCUCGGCUGCAAAACCGUUGCCCAACCAGACCGGCGUCCCCGAACAUUUACCACGAGAGGUUCCGAGAGAAGAGGCGGAGGUCAUCACCGCCUUUGAGGAACCGGUCGCCAUGGAGGAUGGCGUGAAUCCUGCUGCGCCUGCCUUGGCAGCCGCCGAGCGUCUCGAGCUGGAAGCCCUGCGCGAGCAGUGCGCGGAGUUACGGCUCCGCCUCAACACUGUUAGAGCGGAAUCCACUGCAGCCGGAACGGGAUGUUCCGGCGGAACGAGAAGCUUCAGCGCCUCAUUCACGGGCGUCACCGGCAAUGCUGCCGGCAGUCCCGUCUCCCAGGCGAUAGACACGCUGCGAUCUCAGGCCGGAACGGCGGAACCUUCAUCGGGCGGAACAGCGGAACCUCUGCUGGGCUGUGCUUGGAACCCCGUCGCUCCUUCGCCUGGGCCUUCGCCUGGUGCCACACCGGAACGGACGCCCCAGGGAUCGUUUGAGUUACCGGUACGAGUGACCCGGUUUGACAGUAUGCUGCCAGAGAUUGGAGACGGAAUCGGAACCGAAAGCGGAAGCGGAAACGGAACGGGCCACGGAGAGGAACGGACGCCCCAGGGCUCGUUCGAGUUACCGGUACGAGUAACCCGGAUCGAGAGUAUGCAGCGGGAUUCCGGAAACGGAAACGAAAACGAAAACGGAAACGGACGCGAAAGCGGAAGCGGCCACGGAGAGCAACGGACACCCCAGGGCUCGUUAGACCUUCCGAUACGAGUAGCCCGGGUCGAAAGUAUGCUGCGAGAGACUGCAAACGGAAACGGAAUCGGAAGCGAGUCCGAAAGCGGGGGCGGGAGCGAGACCGUCAGCGGAAGCGGAACUGGAGAGGAAGCGGAAGCGAAACAGAAGGGACUGCAAGAAAAUAACGAGCGGUCGCCAGCGGAGUCGCUCGACCUGCCGGUGCGGAUAACCAGGCUGGAGAGCAUGCUGUCGGGGCGGUCCACCGGGGAGCAGACCAGGAACCCUUCAUCCGCCGUCGACCCGCCCGAGGGAGUGCUCGGGGUAUUCACACCGGACACGGUGGUUGGUGUGAAUGCGAAAGCCGAUGAUGAUAUUGGGGACCGUUCGAUCUCAACCGAGGAAGCAGGCGACUCAGCAGAGACUGCAUUUCCCACCCGGUUUGAAAGUGCUUCGAGCAAGGACUCGUUUGAUCUGCCGGCGCGAGUCAGCCGCCUGGAGAGCAUGCUUUUGGGGUGUGACGUCAGGGCGAGUUCGUUCGAGUUGCCACAGCGGGUCGAGAUUGGGAAGGUUUCCGUCGGGAGAACGGACGGGAUAACCCCAGACGGAGUUGUUCCGGAACACUUUGACGAGGGCUUUUCUGCUGGCAAGAAUGUUUUCGGCGAAGUCCUAGCCGGGAAUGGAUCACAACGAGAGGAGGUGGACCGUCAGAGAAACUUAGCAACCCUGGGCACAGAGAUCGCCUUGGUUAAUGGGAACCUGGAAACGUACCAUCAGGCGCUCGUAGAACUUCCCGCCCUCAUGUUCGAAGUGGCCCUCUUGAGGCGCCAGCUGGCAGGCCGGCAGCAGCGCAACGUCACGCCGACGUCAACCAUCAGCUCCGAGAACGAGAGCGAGGAACAUACUAGCCGGCAGGCGCUGGAGGCGCUCGUGGCGAGGCUGCGGGAGGAGCUAGUAUUGGCGAGAAAACGCGAGGCCGACGUGGCCAUCGUGAAGGAAGAGCUGCUGAGCCUGCGCGCAGAGCUGGCCGACCGCGAGGCGGCGCUCGUCGCGGCCGCGGAGGCGCUGCGCGCGAGCCGGAUCCAGGGUUUGGAGGGUUUGGGCGCGAGCAUCAUGCACCGCCUGUCGCUCACCGUUUCGGAGCCGGUGGCCGGGCGGGAACCGGAAGAGGAGUUUGGCGCGCGCGCCGGCCGCGAGGGGAAGCCGCGCGCAAAGAGCGAGACCGCGGCCGCGCUGCCGCCGAUGAUCGUGGGCCUGCGCCGCGCGUCCCUGCGGGGUUUGGAGGUUUUGGCCUGGGAGGCGGUCGCGGCGGAGCGGCUCCGGUCGGCCUCGGCGCCAGCCACGCUGCAGCGUUCCGCUGAGGAGGGCGGAGAAGGGGCCGGAAGACGGCACUUCAACGACGUCAUCACGAAAACUCUCCCUAUCGAGCGGACAGAAGAAGCGGACCGUAACGAGCGAACGGAAGAUGUGAUGUCAGAAUCGGUUGAAGAUAACCUUCUCUACGGGGCACCGGUCCGCAAAGCGCGGUCUGAACCGCUCGCGCUGCAGAUGGACCACGUGUCGUUCGCGGGCGACUCCGUCGAGCAGGAGCUCCGGGACCAGGUCGUCAGCCUGACGUCGCUGCUGAGCGCGCGCGAGCGCGCCCACGAGGAGGUCCCCUCGCUCCGGCGCGAGGUCGCGCGCCUCGAGCGCGCGCUGAAGCAGCAGGCAACGGAGUCCGCGGACGCGCGCGCGGACUCGGAACGCGAGAUCUCAUGGCUUCGCGGCGCGCUCGAGGAGUGCGAGGCGCGGUGCGAGGUUUUGCGCGCGGAGGUUCUGGAGGUGACGAGGACACGUGUCGAGUCGGGAGUGGCCGGACACGCGGACGAGCUGUGGAUGGUAGUGCCGCGCGCGGCCGCAGGGAGCGAAGGGGAGGAGGCGCUGCGGCAACAAGUGCAGCAUCUGCAGCGCGUCAUCGCGACCAUGGUGCGCGAGAUGGCACCCGACGAGAAGGAGCUCGCGCAGCUGCGCGCGCUCUCGCGCCAGAACACGGUGGUCGAGGAGCGCGCGAGCGCUCUCUCGCUGGAGGUGACGUCAAUCCAGCGAUCGGUGCGCGCGAGCAUGGAGAGCAGCGUCAGCAGCCUGGACGGAGGAUCCAGCCGGCGGCUCAGUGCGCUUGACGCGGCCGCGAGCCCGCGGAGCGACCGCGCGAGCGAGGGGUUUGAGGAGCACGUGGAGCAAUUUACGAUGGGGAUGCGGGAAGAGACGAUGAGCCAGACGGUCGGUGACGUCCCCCGGUUGGAGUCACUCCUUUCCGACAGCGGCAAUCUAGCCCGGUUGGAAGUCACCGUGCACGACAUCUCUUCGGACGACCCGUGGCUCCCGACGCCCCUCUCACUGUCCGAAGUCCCGACCCCGUCCGGCCGUUCCGGCGGAUCUUCCCGAGCGGAAAGCAGGCGGCACUCCGGGGGACGGAAUGACCUGGGCGCCCAACCACCCUCCAGGACUCAAAGCUGGCGUCAUUUUGACGAAGGGAAGGAUCCGAAGACGCUCCAAGAUGCAAAAGAUGCUCUGACGGGUUUCGUUACCGUUCCGGACAUACGACCGGAAGUGGAACGGAACGCGAAGAACGGCACGAAAGCGAAGCGGCCGCCUGUGCUGACGGUUCCGACGCAAAGCGAGCGCGGAGGUAACGCUGAAGGGGCGAAAACCGCGAAGAGCUACGUUGAGAUUCCCGGAAGCACCGUUCCGGCCGCCAGCGGUUUCCGUUCCACGCCGACAUCCCCACGAGCGGCGCUUACCCGGAGCCAGUCGGGGUCUUCUGCCGUGAGCAGCCAGCGGAAUCCGCGGGGCGGACUGGCGGAACCCCGGGGACGGAUCCCGGGCACCAGAAGCGCCGGAAACUCGAUAGAGAAGAUGACCGAGGCGAAAACCCCAGGCAGGAAGUCCGGCUCUCUGUCGCAGGACUCUCGGACGAGUGUAAGCGAAGAGGAUAAGGUGGUAGAUUCUGGUGGUCCCGGGUCUAGGAAAGAGAGUUCCGCGUCGGGGGGGCCUUCGAGUGCGGCGAGCACACCUCCCGGGACCCCCCGGAAACGGAAAGGUCCGUGGAAGCCGCCUUCCGUUCCGUCAGGGGCGGGGCGACUGCACCUAAAGAUGAACCCUGCUCAAGCGCCGGAAGAGAAAACGACCCAAUAG